AUGGCUUUAGCUGCUCUUCCCUAUCACGAACCCGGCAUCGUAACGAUACUGAUCCAAGCCUCAUUCUUGAUCAUUCUUAACGGCAUCAACUGGGUGCUCGAUAAUGCCAUAUACUGCGGUCUCGUAGGUCAGAUAUUGAUCGGAGUGGCAUGGGGCACUCCAGGUGCAAACUGGCUGUCGCAAGAAGUACAAGAUACAGUUAUGCAGUUGGGUUAUCUUGGGUUGAUCCUUAUUGUAUAUGAAGGCGGUCUGUCAACCUCGUUCGGAUCUCUGUGGUCAAAUAUCUAUCUAUCCGGACUCGUGGCACUCAUUGGCAUUACCUUACCCAUUGGCAUCUCCUAUGUCUUGAUGGAAUUGCUAGGAGCAACCCCCGUUCAAGCUUUUGCUGCUGGAGCCGCAUUGUGUUCAACUUCUCUGGGCACCACAUUCACGAUCCUUAGCACAAGUGGACUGGAGAAGAGCAGACUUGGCGUCAUUCUGUCCAGUGCUGCAAUGCUAGAUGAUGUGGCUGGACUUGUCAUGGUUCAAGUAAUAUCGAACCUUGGCGGUUCUGCUGACUCGUUCAGUGCUGUGACGGUCAUCAGGCCUGUCUUUGUUUCGAUCGCGUUUGCUGUCGUUGUGCCUGCUUUCUGCUGGGCUGUGGUGAAACCAAUCACCAAAUAUGUCUUUAGCGGACCGACAACGGCAGAGAAGGAAAAAUCGAAAGUGCGUGGAUGGAUCUGUACGCCUGUUUCGGCCUUCGCAGCCCACACGUUGAUUCUCCUGGGUCUGGUGACAGGAUCGACUUAUGCUGGAACUUCCAACCUCUUUGCAGCUUAUAUUGCUGGAGCUGUUGUGAACUGGUGGGAUGCUCUGGUGAGCACGACACUGCAAGAACAACGCCCAGCGCCUGUGACGGAGAAGAGUGUACGUAAAGGGCAGAAGGCAUCUACUUCCUCUGGAGGACAAAUGACAACACCAAGCCCCCCAACGUCUGAUGCCUCGACUUCUCUGACAGAUCAGCCUGUUUCAACGACACACGAGAAGUUGAGAGGCGCAGUCAUCUAUGAGCACAUGUGCGCGCCAGCCAUGAAUUCGAUUCUGAAGCCCUUCUUCUUCACGUCAAUUGGCUUUUCCAUACCCAUCACUCAAAUGUUCCGCGGCGCCAUCGUUUGGCGCGGAAUCGUCUAUACUAUCCUCAUGAUCUUCGGCAAGUUAGCCUGCGGCAUCGUACUCGUCCGCUUCACAAGCACGUCCGCCAAAGUCCAACUACCGGAAGGUCAACAAAGCACCGAGACAGCUGCAUCCAAUGAGACCCCAGACAGCCAGACUGGUGAACAGGCGCCCUCUGCAAACUCGAAGCGCAAGCGACAAGCGCCUCGCAAGUUGCCCAAACCACAAUCACUGUACCCCUCUCUGAUGCUAGGAAGCGCCAUGGUAGCGCGAGGCGAAAUUGGUUUUCUUAUCUCGUCGCUGGCAGAAAGCAACGGUGUCUUCGGUACAGUAGAAGGCGGAGGAAGUUCCGACAUUUUUCUCGUAGCUACCUGGGCCAUUCUGCUCUGCACAAUCAUCGGUCCAGUAAGUAUCGGUGCGAUGGUAAACCGAGUCAAGAAACUUCAGAAGGCUAGAGCGGCCGAUACAACGAAACCCGAUCCAUUGGGCGGAUGGGGAGUCGAGAGUUAG